AAAAAUAGAAUUCUUAUCCUUCAUUCAGAAACUUGCCGAUUAGUUGUGAAAUGUAUUUUAGAAUACUCUAAAUGUGUAUCUGGGUUUUCGGAUUCACUAACAGAUUCGAACGGUCAAUCAAAGAAUUGGUGUCUGAAUAAAAUAAAUUCUUUAUUCUUUCGCCAUAAUCCUUCUUAUAAUCGUGACAAUGCCUCAGAGUAUAUAGCUAGAUCAUGCGGCGUUGGAAAUUAUGAAUUACAAAAGAUUAUUGUCACAGAGUCUGCUACCGUAAUCAGGGAAUUUUUGGAAACAAUAAUAACAAAAUCAUUAGUAAUGCCGUCCCAAUAUUUCAUUAAAAUCUCUGAACAAUUUCUAUCACUUUUGAAUGAUUCGUCAAUGUCGGAAAUGGCAGAUCUUAUAAUUCGAUCAGCAACAUAUCGAGCAUUGCAUGUAACAUCGUACACAGAAAAUUGUGAGGUGUUAUCAUGCGAAUUUGUUGAAAAAGUAGUAUUUUCAGAAUCAAUAUUUGAUAAACUUAGUACUGAAGCGAAUUUAUGGGCAGCUUGUCCCUUUGCCGUUGAGCACGAGGUCAUGAAAAUUUUUGGAAAUAUACUAUUUUCCAGGGAAAAAGAAUAUAUUGCACCACGAAAAAUAAAGGAAGUCAUGCGAAAUGAAUUUUUGUUUCAAAGGAUGAUAGUACAUUCAAGGAUUUGCCAUCUAUUCUUUGAUAUUUUGACAAAGUUGGUUAUCGAGUCUCCAGAUUGGCGAAUUCUUCGCCUUAUAGG